AUGCAUCUUGCCAUGUAUUUCAUAAGUGAUAGAAAAUUCCAAUAAAAAAUCUAAACAAGGAAAAUAAUUUGGUAACAAAUCAACACAUUCAACAAUUGAAUACUUAUCAAUAUUAUCAGGAAUAUGUUUAUUACUAAUGCCACACACAAAAAAAUAUUACUGUAAAGACAAAAGUAACUUAUUUUCGAUUUAAAAAGUUGCUAAAAUUUGCUUGAGGGAAAGUUUUUUUCUUGUGUUAAAAAUGAAAACUUUUACUGGUAAAGUUUUUAGAAAUCUCCUUACUAACUGAUUUAAAAGUCUUAACUUUUAAUACGACUGUAAAAUUUCUUUCAUUUUGACGUUCUCGUGUAACCGAGUACGCCUAAGUCCCAAAUGUAAACAAACACUUUUGUGGGUCCGGUGCACCGCGGUGGUGCUGGUGAGUCUAGGACGCAAAGCAAAGCCGACGCGGAAAACUUUGUGAGCCAAACAGCAGCAGCGGAACGCCUUCGAAGGAGGGUGGUGCGGGUGCGGGACGAGGUCUAUUGCUCGAAAAGGACAAGGCCAGCUUCCUGCAGGAACUGCAGCUGUUCCAGGACCGGAAUAGGAUGGGAGGUAGGAAUGUGGAUUCGAACCGGUUGUAUUCGGUGGUGGUGGCCCGGGAUUGGUGGUUGAAGGUCAAGUCCCGCGAGGACUGGGGCGAGAUUAUCGAGGAGAUGGCACUGCCGAAGCGUUGCAUGAACAACGAGUUUGCGUGGAAGAAGAUUAACGUCUGGUUUUUGGACAAGUACGAGAAAGUUAAUUUUCACGGUGAGGAGAAGGAUCCGACGAAGAGGAGGACGAUGAGAAGCGGCAUAAUCGGAGGUGGUCAGCGCAGAUGUUGCACUCGGUGCCGGCGUUUUACAACACCGCAACUUUCUGCCCACAAACGCUCACCUCGCGACGGCGCAGCUCCAGCCGAAUGAACCAUAACAGCGAGCCGAAAAAUCUGUCAUUCUCAAAGGAGGAUGAAGGCCUCAUCAACCCCACGUUCCGGAUGCGCUUCCAGGAUCGGGAACUCCCCGUUCAGGCACUUCACACCCUAGCCGGGAAACAUCGACC